UUGCUCUUUCUAGGUACCGUGAUCACUACUGUGAAUUCACAAGGUAUUUGUUCAUUAGCUCCAACUCAAGCGCUACAGAUAAUUUGCUCUCAAAUCAAUGCAUGGGCCAACAGUGCUAGGAGUGUCGCAGCCGUGUCCCCGACUGCCGCUCAAGCGCCAAGUGCUGCCGGUGGUGGUGCAACCGCUUCACUUCUGGCCACUUCCACAACAGCAAGAAACGCCUAUGAGUGCAUGGAUAUUGCAUGUUUGUGUGGAUUUUUUGGAGGCAGUGGCGGCUCUAACUGCGUACUGCCUAAUGGACAACGUCUUACAAGAGGCCUUCGAAAGGAAUAUCGUGUUAUGACAGAUGCUGAACGCCAGCGAUACCAUACUGCUAUGUGGACAAUCAAGGGCAAUGGUGACUACGACACACUGUCUCGAAUUCAUUCUUCCUUUCAAACAUCUCCUGGAGCACAUUCUGGACCAGCUUUUUUGCCAUGGCAUCGCGAAUUCAUAAAGAGGUUGGAAAUAGCUCUACGACGGGUUGAUCCAUCAAUCGCCUUACCAUAUUGGGACUCUACUCUGGAAUCUACAAUACCGAAUCCUGCUGAGUCCUGUUUGUUCACCAAUGAAUUGAUGGGCAGGGCAGGUCCAGACGGAUCUAUCCGAACAGGAGCCUUUCGAGGAUGGUUAACGGUCGACCAAUCUCGAGUUUUUCGACGUAAUCUGGGUGCCACCGGCCGACCAUUCCAAGAAGCAGAUAUAGCUGCCGUACAGGCUACAGGCGACUUCAGACAAGUGCUCGCGAACACUGCCCCGAGUCAGGGUUGCCCAAAUCCAGCUGCAUGGACGGCCCUUGAAUAUUCUCAUGGCAAUCCCCAUGUGUUCAUAGGAGGCGACAUGUUUCAACCGACCACAUCCACGAACGAUCCCAUUUUCUGGAACCAUCAUUCAUUUGUCGAUCUCAUUUGGGAAAACUGGCGACAAUCACGACAGGGUCGUAGCGCUCGCGAAACUCAGUAUCCUCCAAAUAAUGCUGCCUGUUCGAGUGCUGCCCAUUACGGCCGUAAUACUAUGCAACCGUUUUUCCCUAUGACCAAUAUUGAUGGAUUGUCCAAUCAAUACACAGACAACCUCUAUACCUACCAGCCCCGUCCUACGUGCUCAGGUGGAAAUCCUCAAGGAUGUGGAUCGCGAUUCCUGUUCUGUGACUUCUCACAUGGUGCUCCGCGUUGCUCGGCGAAGAUUGCAGUGGGAGGCAACUGUGGAGGAUAUUUUAAUAACGAGGAUCGUUGCUAUCGUAGUAUAUGUCAGAACAAUCGAUGUGUACAAAACACGCAACCGCCUACAACUCAGCCACCUAUCAUCACCACUACACCAGCUGGACCUACUCCAGAGACAUGCUUCAAUGAGCAACAAUGCUGUGCCCCGUGGGCCAAUAAUGGCCAAUGCCGUGCCAAUCCGUCGUACAUGAGCCAAUGGUGCAGAGCAAGUUGUGGUCUCUGCACGCCCAGAACCUAUGAUCUUAGAGUCGAGUGCUCAAAUCGACAUGUAAUGUGCGCCACAUGGGCUGCUCGUGGUGAAUGCACCAACAACCCAUCAUGGAUGGUCGAGAACUGUCGACAGGCAUGCAAUCGUUGUGGACAAACCAGGCAACAGAUAUGCUAUGGUGGCUCCACUAAUCUACGCAGGCCUGAUAUGCGACUGAUGUCCAAUAUUUCAGAUCCACCUUCGGCAACAACUCAACCUCCAUCAACAGGAGGAGGUACUUGCGUAAAUCAGCAUUACUGCUGUAUUGCGUGGGCGUCAAGAGGAUACUGCUCCAGUUCCGCAGCGUACAUGGCCCAAUACUGUCCGCCAUCCUGUAACCAGUGCCGAGGGUCAUCACCGAAUCCGCUUUGGAAUUCGCAGAGUGAGCAUUUGUGA